UCCAACCUUGGUCGUACUAGUAGUGAGUGAGAGAAAGAGGGAGAAAGGAAGGGGUGGAAAGCCAGAUGGCCGGACUCUUCGAGGAGCAGUCCGAAUUGUACGCGUCGGCGAGGCCGAAUUACUCAACGGAGUGGUACGCGAAGUUCGCUUCGUUAACGACGCAUCAUAAGUUAGCGUGGGAUGUCGGAACCGGCAAUGGCCAGGCCGCCCUAGGCGUGGCGGAGCAUUACGAGAAGGUGAUCGCAACGGACAUAAGCGCCGCCCAGCUCCGCGUAGCCACUCCACAUCCCAACAUCCAGUACAUCCACACACCAAUCUCCACCCCGCCCGACGGCCUCUUCCCUCUUCUGGGCAUUGACGUCGGCUCCGUCGACCUGAUCACCGUCGCCCAGGCUAUCCACUGGUUUGAUCUUCCCCUCUUCUUCUCUGUCGCCUCUCGCGCCCUCCGCAAACCCGGCGGCGUCAUUGUCAUUUGGGGCUACAAUGAUGUCAGUGUUUCCCCAGUCUUCGAUGCCGCCUUUCGCCGCUUCCACAGCACUACCCUCCCGUUUUGGGACUCGAGGAUAAGGUACCUCUUCGACGCAUACAGGAGCCUGCCAUUCCCGUUCGAGGGCGUUGGGCUGGGUUUCGAGGGAGAGCCCAAGUUGCUUGAUUUGGAAAAGGAGGUGUCCUUUGAGGGCUUGAUGGCUAUGGUUUGGUCGUGGUCGGCGAUUUUGACGGCCAAGGAGAGAGGAGUGGAUUUGCUUGAUGAUAGCGUGGUGGGGGAAUUGAAGGAAGCCUGGGGCGAUCAGUUUGUAAGGAAGGUUAUUUAUAAGGCUUUCAUGUUGGCGGGGAAGCCUAGAUCCGAGGUGUACAGCUAGCUAGGUGUUGAUCCACAAAUUAGACAAAUUAUUCGACCUAAUUAAAUAAAUGCAUUCCCCUUUUAUUCA